CUGGCAUGUACAGACAAGAAUUUCUAUUUUCUGAAGCAUAAACUAUUUUGUUAAAUUACUCAGCUCAAGUCCUUACUACUGUAUGGAUAUCUCCUAAUGUAACAAGAAAAAAAGUUUUUAUUCUCUUUGCCUGAACAGAUUGAGAGUAUGUUCGGAAUGUUAUAACAUAAAAGUUCUGAACCUGUGUAAACAGGAGAUAAUUGUCAGCUUCUGAGGAUAACUGCCAGCUUCUGUGGAUAAUUGUCAGCUUCUGGAGAUAAUUGUCAGCUUCUGAAGAUGAUAGUCAGCUUCUGUGGAUAACUGUCAGCUCCUGAAGAUCAUUGUCAGCUUCUGUGGAUAACUGUCAGCUUCUGAAGAUGAUUGCCUGCUUCUGUGGAUAAUUGUCAGCUUCUGUGGAUAACUGUCAGCUUCAGUGGAUAAUUGUCAGCUUCUGUGGAUAAUUGUCAGCUUCUGUGGAUAACUGUCAAGCUUCUGAAGAUGAUUGCCAGCUUCUGUGGAUAAUUGUCAGCUUUUGUGGAUAACUGUCAGCUUCUGUGGUAACUGUUAGUUUCUGAAGAUGAUUGCAUGCUUUUGUGGAUAACUGCCAGCUUCAGUGGGUCAUUGUCAGCUUCUGUGGAUAACUGUCAGCUUCUGAAGAUGAUUGCCAGCUUCUGUGGAUAGUUGUCAGCUUCUUGGAUAACAUGGCUGAAAGCAAUACAGCGGAAACGGUACAUGAGGAGUAUUUCAGAAGUUACGCUGAUGUUGGUGUACAGGAGUUGAUGAUAAAAGACAAGCCAAGAACUUUAGCUUAUAAACAGUUUUUAGAGAAGAAUGUUAAUCUUAUAAAGAACAAAGUAGUCCUAGAUGUUGGGGCUGGGACAGGUAUUUUGUCAUUGUUUGCAGCACGGUCCGGGGCGAGGAAGGUAUACGCAGUAGAGGCGAGUGAUAUAGCGAAUCUGUGUCAAGAAAUUGUGAAGGUUAAUAAAUAUGAAAGAGUUUUAACCGUUAUUAAAGGUGUAAUGGAGACGAUUGAACUGCCGGAGAAGGUCGAUGUUAUUAUAUCGGAAUGGAUGGGGUUCUACUUGCUUCACGAGUCUAUGUUGGAAUCAGUGCUAUAUGCUCGAGAUAAAUGGUUAAAGGAUGAUGGUAUACUGUUGCCAUCACAUGCAGCGAUUUAUGCAUGUCCUGUAAACAUGACCAAAUACUGUAAGGAAAAUGUUGACUGCUGGACUGAUGUGUACGAUUUUGAUUUUUCGCCAUUAUUUGAGCAGAAAGUGGCAGCACUUUUGCAGCAGCCGGCAGUUCUGCAUUUGAAAGAAGAUCAGCUGUUAUCAAAUUGUGAACUACUGGCAAAAUUUGAUUUGAAAAGUAUGGAGGUAGCUGACAUUGAGGAGAUAGAGGAACAAAUGAGUUUUGUUGUUAAUUCGGACUCGGAGUUGCAUGGGUUUGCUUUAUGGUUCGAUGUCCGAUUCACCCCAGACCUCAGUGACGAACAGUAUGGUUUGACGUGUAUGGAAAAAGUUAAAUUAGAGAAGGACGAGACUCAUUCUAAGGGCACUGAUGAGGUUAUGAAUGGAUCAAACGUUUGUCAUGUUACUCUAGAUACAUCUCCUUUGACUCUGGAAACUCACUGGAAACAAACAGUCUGUUUCUUACCAGCAUCAGUAUCUGUUAAAAAAUCAGAGACAAUAUAUUGUAGAAUUUCACUUAGCCAGGAACCUUCAAACAAACGACAUUAUAAUAUAUCUCUAGAAAUGCUUGAAGAUUUUGAAUCAAGUGAUUCUGAGCUGGAAGAUGAAGAAGAUGCGGAAAAUCAUCCGGUGCCGUGUAAUUGUGGUGCUGGUCGAUGCAAUCUAAUUCUUGCAAUCAUGGAAAAGUAUGACGCUGAGCAGAUGGAGCUUGAAAUGGAAGCAGAAUUUACAGAAGUAUCGGCAGAGGUUCAGGCAGCCCAGACAUUAGAUAAUGACAGUUCUAUUCUAGAAUCGGACUUAUCGGCAAAAGACGACUCAUUGUCAAAUAGUACAAAAGACGACAAAUGAAAGACGAGCAAGAGUUAGCUGCAUUUGAUUUUAAUACAUUUAUGGCAUUUUUUAAACCAUUAGUAAUAUUUCUUGUUAAUGCUAUGGUAAUAUUUUAUAUUUGGCUAAGUACUUUGUAAAAGGUUUUUUGGUUGAACUUCUUUGUGUUGUCUGAAUAUAGUUAACUAACACUAAGAGAAACAGUCAGAAGUUCCAGGAAAAAAAUCUAAAAGCUAAAGUAUUGAAACAAAUUAAAUAAUAUUCAGAUAUAUAUUGUAAAGUAAUAAAUACACUUAUUAGGUAUAACAGUUCAGCUUUAAUUUUCAAGUCAAAUAAAUAUACUGAGAAAUAAUAUCUAUGGUGAUGUCACCAAGCACAUUUAUGACGUUUUUUUAAAAUAUACAAGACAAAUAUCUCAAUUUAUUUUCUGACAAUGUAUUUAGCACAGAAGAUGUACUUAUGUUUCUGUGACAGAAAAAGUUGUAUCUAUAUCUCAGUAUCUUUAUAGCUGUGUUUAAUUUUUCUAGGAUAUUCAAUUGUAUUCAUACAAAUUUAACUUUUUUAUAUACACAGUGUAUGGCAAUAAACACCGCACAUCACAAUGGUAA